CUCCCUACGCCUAUAUAUAUACAUACACAGAGAAAUGGAAAUAGAGAGAGUUUGCGAUUGAGAAACACACCCACAUUGGUACUACUACUACUACACAGUUACAUAACAUGCCUGCCUCGUUGCUCCUCUUCGCCUUCUGCUCUUUCCUUCUUCUUGCCUCACCCUCACUCGUUUCAUCUCAUGAGGUUGUUGCUGUUGAUGAAGACCUAAUUGGAAAUGAGGACGCCCCAGGAGGUCCUGGUCUUCUUGGGGCCCCAGUCUCUCCGCCACCGCCCAAAUCCCCAAUUACCUUACCGCCGCCGUCAAAACCACCACUAGUCCAGAUUCCGCCACCGGUGAAGGCCCCACCUCCUCCUCCGCAGCCGCCACGCAACCGAAAAGAGUGUACUCCCCUGUGUGGAGUGAGGUGCAAACUGCACUCCAGAAUCAACAGAUGCAUGAGAGCCUGCCUCACCUGCUGCGAUAGGUGCAAAUGCGUCCCCCCCGGUCAGUACGGAAACAAAGAAAAAUGUGGCACGUGCUACACCGGCAUGACCACCCGCGGCAACCGCUCCAAGUGCCCGUAGACCCGUACCCGUACCCAAACCCGCUCUAUCGUUGCUAUCCCUAGUCUAUUACAUUACUACUACUACUACUACUACAUUAUUGUACUCCAUCUUUUGUUAUAAACAGUGUACUAAUGCAUUCGUUAACAAGAAAAUGAAUGAAGUAAUAGUAAACCA